AUUUCUGCAAUGAGACACUGACAUUUUGGUCGUAUAUGUAUUUUACCUCUUGGCGAUUGAAUUUGUAUGUUCCGUGUUUCUAAAUAAAACCAAAAAAAUCAAGAGACUUCAUCAGCGUGGACAGAUAUGAAUAUAAAAUAGAUAAGCUAGUGUACAGUCGCAUCCCGGCCAAACCAUUUUACAAAACAUUUGCAAAAAGAACAGAUUAAAAAAAUACAAGACAAGCAAUUUUCACCCAUUAAAGGUUAAUCACUGUUCCCUUUUUGUGGCUGGAAGGCGUAUGCAAAGACAGUAAGAUUUUGUCUGCGCUUGUUUUGCACUGAGGAUGAGCAGCCCUGCAAACACACCCAAACCAACUGACCCCUUUGACAUGUUAUGGAUGCAACUACAGGAAUGCCAUCAAAAAAGACUUCAAGAACUUGAGGAAAAAGUGUGCAAGUUGAAAAACGAACGUCGCCUGGAUGCAGAAAGUCUUCAACUGUUUUAUACACGUAACCAGGAGAUGAAAGAACAAAUCAAAACUCUACAAGAUGCCAAUAGUCUAUUGGAGGACAGGCUGCAAACUAAAGAAUGCGAUCGAUGUGCAAUCUUGGAGGAGAACUUGAAAAAAUGCCAAGAUCAUAGCGAGCGGACCCUAACCAAUCUGAGGUAUGAAAGGAACUGCCUGGAGGAUGAAAACCGCAAACUUCUCAGUGAGCUGCAAAUAAUAAAGAGCUCCAAAUCGCAGGUGGCCCACCACCCAGGGCAUGAAGAUGGUGUCAUCCCAGACUCCCCAGUCCUGGUCAACUCAUUUACCGUAACUAACAAACUGAAGAAACGUAAAUACCUGGACAACAGCAAACAUGUUCACGAUGCACGGAAUUCCUCAAUCAAGUGUAACAGAUCACUUUUCAAAGUUCAAGAAUCAAGCGACACUGCAAAAAACCCUAAAAGAGCACAAGUACUUGUUCCUAACACGUGUGUAAUGGACGCGUCCCAGAUUCCUGGAGAGGAGGAGAUUGGAGGAGAAGUGAUAGCAGACACAUGUGGCCUUGAACUUGUCAACACAUCUCACAUGAAAAACACAGCUGCAGGUCAGCGUUAUAGCUCGAAAUCGUCCUUGUCUGAUAUUUGUCUAAAGCCUCACCGUAUUUCUUCACCGUCCACGGCCAUCUACAGUCCAGACUCGACCACAGCAAAGUCAUCAUUUCAUCGUCCUCACUGUGAAAAGUUGAAUGAUGUUGACUCACUUGUCAAAGUAAAAUGGACGAAGGAAGACGAUGUUCCAAAAGAGCUGGAAGAGGGCAAAACAUGCGACUCCCGAAAUGGGAAGAAAUUGGACACCAAAGUGGUUCUCAACCAAACGCGAGGUGUUGACUGUGGAAGUCCAGCUUUCAAGAAGCCAGACGUAGCACCCAAAGGACAAGCGCACUACAAACAAAAGAAGCCCAAGUUCCACAAUGUUCCAAGCAAACCAGCUCAUCCAGAUGAUGGAAGGAAUCAAAGAGUGGAAAACAUGUGGAGCAUUGACCCUGGGCUGGCGCUCUCCAUGUAUGACAUUGAGGAAGAUGCACAUGAGGAACAACCCUUUGAAGAAUUACUUGACACUGACUGCACUAUGAUCAGUCACAGCUUACUCCAAGGUCGCGUUGAAGAAGAUCAGCACGAACACGUAUUUUCCGACCAAGGAAUUGGUGACAAGGCGAACGACAGUCUGGAUCGAAUGUUUGAUGCGACUGCCCAUGAGGAGUACAUAUCUUACAACUGUACACAAGUUGGCAAUCGUCCCUGUAUGGAGGAGGAGGAAGAGGAGGAGGAGGAAGAAGAUGAUGAACAAGAGGCUCCAGAAAACUCUCCACGAGUGCGCAAAAUGCAACAUCCAACGUUUGCACAUGUGGCAGUGGUCCGCAAGAAAGAUGAAAGAAGAAAACUGAAAGGCACCACUUGCAAAGAAUGCGAAGUUUAUUACACCCAUCUCCCAGAGGAAGAGAAACAGAGGAAGCUGUCUGAAUGCUCUCGGCACCGCCAUCGCUUCAUUCCUCCUAGCACGCCGGAGAACUUCUGGGAAGUUGGAUUCCCGUCAACUCAGACAUGCAUCGAAAGAGGUUAUAUUAAGGAGGAGAAGAUCCCGCAGUCUCGUUUAAGGAGAAAACAGCCUUUGACUGCUCUCUUUUCUCCAAAGAGUUGCCAGCAGAAGAGCUAAGCACAAAACUAGUUAAUGUCAAAAUUGCACCAAGGAGUUCAAUGCACUUCUUGGUUUGUAUGUACCAUUGACCAUAUCAUUAUUAAUGAUUCCCCUCCCCUCUGUCACACACACACUGUAUAAAUAAAAAAUGUCCAGUGAAAU